AUGUCUGACUUGUAUCCAAGAGUAUUUAGGAAGUAUUGCAGGCAAUUUGCUCAACGAUCGCGGGUGCGAAAGCUUCAGUAUAUUGCUGAGCUGGAAAGGAAUGUACAAACUUUACAGGUAGAAGGUUCUGACGUAUCUGCUGAGCUUGAAUUUCUCAACCAGCAGAAUCUUAUUCUGAGCAUGGAGAACAAAGCCCUGAAGCAACGUUUAGAAAGUUUAGCCCAGGAGCAGCUUAUCAAAUAUUUGGAGCAUGAAGUGUUGGAGAGAGAGAUUGGAAGGCUACGAGCCAUGUAUCAGCAGCAACAUCAACCAUCUUCUAGCCAUCGGCGCACCAACAGUAGAGACCUUGAUUCACAGUUUGCAAGUCUUUCUUUGAAACACAAAGAUGCCAGCUCUGGCCGUGACAACGUUUCUGGCCAACUCCACAUAUGA